UUGCAGAGGAUACAUUGGUGUGCAACUGAAGUAUAAAUGCAGGAUUUACAAUUGCGGUGCUGUUCGUGUGACUUGCACGUGUGAAAAGUCAAUGGCAACAGCUUUGACAUACUACAGGACGCGACUAUGGACGUCUGCAAAGUGUCACCUUUCGCGAGGAACCUGGAGGUUUGCAGCGUGUGAGCUCUCAUUGAAAGUCUGGAGUAGAAGAUCGGGGAUCCACGUCGGUGUACCCAGCAGCCGAACUAGACAUUAUUCACCUCCUGGGCGGACAGGGAGGCCCAGCAUGAUGAAGAAGCUGCUGGUAGAUGUGGACUGCGGGGUGGACGAUGCCCAGGCUAUCAUGAUGGCGCUGGCUGCCCCCGACGUGCAGAUCUUGGGCAUCACUUGCGUCCACGGAAACACCGUUGUAGAGAAUGUCUGCAAGAACGUCCUGCGAGUGCUCAAAGCCUGCCAAAAGCUGGAGAUUCCAGUGUACCGCGGCGCCUCCAAGCCCAUCCUGGGGAAGACACUGAACGCGGGACACUUCCAUGGGGAGGACGGGCUCGGGGACGCACCUGACCCCCAGGCCCCCAGCCUGGAGCUGAUCCAGGGGGAGGGGGCGGUGGCGGCCAUGAUCCGAAUCGCCAACGAGCACGCUGGGGAGGUGUCCCUGGUGGCAACAGCUCCCCUGACAAACCUGGCCUUAGCGGUAAGGAUGGAUCCCACCUUCCCCCAGAAGCUCAAGGCACUGUACAUCAUGGGGGGGAACACUGACUCUAGAGGGAACACCACAAUGUGUGCUGAGUUCAACUUUGCCGCUGACCCCGAGGCAGCUUACAUCGUACUGAAUGACUACACGUGUCCUACCUACAUUGCAUGCUGGGAAUUCACCUGCCACAACAAGCUGCCCUGGGAGUUCUGCGACACUUGGCUGGCCCAGGACUCAGAGAAGGCCCGGUUCAUGAAGCGGAUCUUUCAGCACAGCAUGGACGUGGUGAACGACGAGAGGUUCAAGAAGGAGAUGGUGGCAGGGCUCGGCUUCGUGUCGUGCGACUCCUAUGCCAUGGCGGCCGCCAUUGACAGCUCGUUCGUGACGGAGUGCGAGCAGGUGGCGGUCAGCGUGGAGCUGACGGGGACGUACACCCGGGGCAUGAUGGUCCUGGACAAACUGGACCUUUUGAAGAAGGAGCACAAGACAUUUAUCUUAAAGAAAGUGGACAUGAACAAGUUCAAGACCCUGAUGAUGAAUGCUCUGAAGUAGUAAUGUCCGUCCUUGGCUCAGGUCUAGCUGUUGCCGCAUACCCUGACCAAACGAGAUCGGUGGGAUCAAAGUGUGUCCAGAGUGCAACCCAUCAACAAGACCUGGAAAUGUACUGUUGGGUCUUCAGUACCUGAUCAGUGGUUUCUACUUUUAUAAAUGAUCUUUUUAAAAAAAAAAGUCUAUAUACAUGCUUUUCUGUAGGGUCGAAAUUGAACCUUUUAUCGUGCAAGUUUU